AUGCCGCGGGCCGCGGGCAAGGGGUUGGCGGUCCUCGGGCAUACCGGAUUUUCGUGUCUGCCCGGGGGAGUUCGCCGUGACAGCUUAUAUCGCAUGCACGUGCCAGAAUCAAUGUAUGCCGGUAUGACUGUUUGUUCAGGCAGCCAGGGCAUCCAUCGGGCGGAGUUGAUAAUCGAGGCCCGAGCUCCGUGUGAACUCGGAGUAUCGGAUCUUAAGCCCGGUUCUGGGCCCGGCGGCAUGGUGGUGUAG